ACUGCCUGCUUUCCGGCAGUCUUCCUUUCCCACAUGGUUCCAAGCUAACGUGGAGCUGCUGUGUUUUGGAGGCUGGUCCCCAACUAACCGGACUGAAAACCACAGACGGAUAUUUCGCCACAUGAGAGCUUAAGGUCAGAGAGAAAUGGGUAAAACUAAAACAGCCAAGUUUAAACGGCCGCAGUUCAACUCUGUGGGCCUGCCGGUGAGCGCCGUGAACGAAGCGGACGGUCCGGAGGAAGAGCUCGAUGAGGACAGCUGUCCUGCUGCUGAGCUGCUGGAAAAAUUGCAGAGUCCCAGUGCAGACAUUCGAGAGUUUGCCUGUGCCAGCAUCUCUCGGGUGGUGCAGCAAACCCAGACCAUCCCUGGUUUCCUUCAGAGGGACGCUGUCAGACGGCUGGGCCCCAUGCUGCUGGACGGCAGCUUGGCCGUCAGAGAGACAGCUGCUGGGGCGCUCAGAAAUCUGAGUGCAUGUGGAGGUCAGGAGGUGUGCGAGGACAUGGUGAAGCACGAUGUCAUGACGCCGCUGAUGAUGCUGCUUCGAGAGUGUUGUGCUGGUUUUGACACUGCAGCUGUGGCGAUGAAAGAGCAGAGCAAUCCUGUGGAGGAUGUGGCCAACGAGGCCGUGAACCUGCUGUGGAAUCUCUGCGAGAACAGCGGUCAGGCGGUGUCUUUGUUCAACAAAUCCGGGCUCUUGGAUGUGGUGGUCCAGUGUUUGGAGAGACACCAUCACAACGUGGAGCUGGCCGUAUCUGCUGCUCACUGUUUGCACACUGUGACUGAGGAGAACCCUGAGCUCCUACGGAGCAUGAACCCCGCUGUGCUCGGAGCUCUGGAGAAAGUGCUACUGUCAUCUGAGCCAGACAUGGCGCACACUCUCCUCAGGACUUUAGCUGCAGGUACGCUGUGGAACGUGAAGACCAGCCUGCCCGCCGCCCAGCAAGCUCAGACCCUCAACGCCGUCGUGGCUACCCUGUCACAGUGCCUGGAUUUAGACACGGGCGUGUUGAUCCCUGAACUCAGGCGAGCAGAAAAGGCUCAUUCCAGAAACACGACCCCAGCGACGGACGCAGAACCACAGGCGGAGCCUGUCGAGGAGGAGAUGGACAGAGAGGAGGAAGCACCCAUGGAGAAGAAGAACGGCAAAACUCAGAAGGUCGACGGCGACUUCGCUGACCUGCUGCCUAGGGGUAAGGAGGAGCUGAGGGAAGCGACGGCCUUGCUGACAGCCCAGCAGACGUCCUUGGAGAUCAUUGUCAACAUGUGCUGCUCUGACGACCCAUCUGAUGACGAGUGGGAGGAGGAAUCGAGCAGCGACGAAAGCGACAUGGCGGCGGACGGGCUCUGUGACGGAGCGUCACACCUGAUGUCCCCGCUGUGCCUGUCAGCCGAGGUGCAAGGCGCCUUGAUCAACUACAGCAUCCCAGAAAAGGUCCUUAAAAAGUCAACCUUCCCCAGCCAAGAAGCCAUUGAUGUGUGCAGCGAGAGUCCAUCCUGGAGGGGCCUAAAGAAGAGGAUGCAGCGGGUUCAGUCCCGGGCGCUGACCUGCCUCCACAGCAUCCUCUCCACCAUGGAUGCAGAGUCGCUGGGCGGAGAGGCAGCCCUGCAGGGAGCAGCACAUCACCUGUCCUCGCUGGUGUUCGGAGCCGGAGAGAUCCCUAAAGAUGAGGAGUUUCUUGAGGCUGUUAUCAGCGCCAUGCGUUCUCUCCUGCAGAUAAUGGCCUCCAAGAACAUUAGCCAGUGCAUGACCCCCCAGCAGCUGAUGAGCCUGAGCGAGGCAGCCACCUGCUGCGACAUCGUCAGCGUAAGGGUUAACGCCGUCGCCAUUCUGGGCAUCACUGGAAGCACAUUAGCCAAAGAAAAGGGCACGGCGCAAACCCUCCAGAUGAUCGGAAACGCCUUGCUUCAGGUCGCUACGAAAGAUUCCAACCUGGUUGUGAACGGAGAAGCUCUGGACGCUUUGUUUGACGUGUUUGCCGAUGGCGAGGAGGCAGAAACAGCGGCUAAAACCAUCAGCCUACUGCCUGCACUUAAGGCACUUCAGCCAGUCUUCAAGGCCAAGAUCCGUAAAGAAGGACGGGGUAGUUACAGCCCUGAGCAGCUGUGCGUGUUGGACAACAUCAAAAUCAACCUAAGGAGAUUUAUCGGUUAUCUGGAGAAGCUGGUAAAGAAAUAAGGACUUUGGGUUCUUCAUACUGUGAGUCGUGGAGACGGUAUGAGAAGGAUUGGAUGUGAAAAUAUCAGUUAUUUAUCAAUUUUUUUUUAUUAAUUAUCUUUUUUUCUCCUUUUUUCUUUUGCUUGGUAAAAGUUUUAAUAUUUGUCCAAAAGAAGAGGUGAUGACAUAUCAGCUAGUGUGAAAAAAAAAGUGUGAGAAAAAGUUUAAUAAGAGUGCAGUUAAUAAUUCAUUGGUAUCCUUUAACAUCCCAAGUGGUAGAAGGAGGCCUACUUUUGUUGUGAGGAAACCACAGACUGCUGCUCUUAUUUGGAGUUUAACGGUAAAAUGAUCCAUAAAAAGUGCUUUUAUUAAAGUUGAGAUAUUACUGGGAUAUUUUGGGUAACGUCGGUUUCUAGAGACCUUUUGAAAUCGGGCUUUGAAGGCCACAUUUGUAGUUUUGUAUUUUAAAAUGGCUGCGCAGAUGUUUCAGCUCAUAGAGAAAAGCUUAACAUGUCUCUUAAAGAUAAAGGAGAUUAAAUGAACUCUUCCACACUGAGCCUAGCUGAGGUUUAAACACCAAUUCUUCUCUCCCCUGAGAACAAAAGGAGGCCCACAGCAUGAUGCUGCCAUCGUUGAUGUUGGUGUUUAAAUGGUGGGUCCAUCAUAUUUGGCCUCACCUUCUUUACACCUUUACUGAAUCCCUCCAUGGUCUGUUGCAAACUGCAAAAUGGAUUUAUUGCCUUCUUUCAAACUUGGAUUUUCAUCUUGCGAUGCCU